UGUAUAGCCGGGACCACCUAGGAUAAUCCAGCACCAUACAAUCUGCCAUCCAGAAAGUUCCACCUUUCAGUCCAGUCCCCCAGGCUCCCACCUAAUUUUGCCUAUGACUCCACUUGGCAAAUCCAACACUGUCAAAGCAGAGGAUGCAGGGAGUGUGACCUCAAUGGAAACUGAAGAACUGACAUUCAAAAAUGCUAGGUUUACACUGAGAAAUAUCUUAAUCCAGUGUUUGUUCUGUGCGUUCCUGUUGUUUGGGAUCUGGAUACCUCCGUUAUUCAUAUAUUUCCACCAUCACCAUGAGAGCUACCAGAAUAAUACCCAGGAGUCUGAAUCACUCUUGUCCCUUGAAAAAUAUGGGCAUCAACAAAUCCUCCACAACCCAGGACAAAUACCAAGACCCCAGGUAGUAACUAAUCCUUCCGACAAAGAGGAGCCUAAAAGCCCCAGUCUUCUUUCUCUGAAAUAUAACGAUUUUAACUUUUCAGACCCAGAACUUACUAGCGGACUUUUAAAAUAUGGACUUAAUAUUAUAGUCAGCAAAAGUUUGGGCUACCAGAGAGAUGUGCCGGAUAGCAGAAAUGCCAUAUGUCUGGGGAAACAAUACCCAACGAACCUGCCCACUGCCAGCGUCGUCAUUUGCUUCUAUAAUGAGGAGUUUCACGUCUUGUUCCGGACAGUGUCCAGUGUCAUAUAUCUCACCCCAUCGCACCUCCUGGAGGAGAUUAUUUUGGUGGACGACCAUAGCGAGUAUGAUGAUUUGAAAGAAAAACUAGACGGCUACCUGGAAACUUUUCGGGGGAAGAUCAAACUAAUUAGAAACAAGGAGAGAGAGGGGCUGAUUCGAUCCAGAAUGAUUGGAGCAGGACAUGCUUCAGGGGACGUUCUGGUGUUCUUGGAUAGCCACUGCGAGGUCAACAGAGUCUGGCUGGAGCCCCUGCUGCAGGCCAUCUCCAAGAACCCCAAGAUGGUAGUGUGCCCUCUGAUAGACGUCAUCGACGAGAUGACCUUUGAAUACAAGGCCUCUCCUCUUGUAAGGGGCAUUUUUGACUGGAACCUGCAAUUUAAAUGGGAUAAAGUUUUCUCUUAUGAGGUAGAAGGACCAGACGGACCAAGUAAACCAAUCCGGUCACCUGCCAUGGCCGGAGGGCUUUUUGCUAUAAAUCGGCAUUAUUUUUACGAAAUUGGACAGUAUGACAAGGGCAUGAAUUUUUGGGGAGGAGAAAAUGUGGAGAUUUCACUAAGGAUCUGGAUGUGUGGAGGCCAACUGUAUAUAAUUCCCUGCUCUCGAGUUGGACACGUUGUUAGGAACCAUUUAAAAAGAGAUCCUGACUUGGAGAGAGCUGUGAUAGAGAACUACCUCCGAGUGGUGCAUGUUUGGAUGGAUGAGCACAAGGCGCAUUUUUUAAACCGGAGACCUGCUUUGAAAUUUAAGUCCUAUGGAAACGUUAGUGAACGUGUGAAAUUAAGAAAACAAUUGAAGUGCAAGUCAUUCCAGUGGUAUUUGGAUACCAUCUUCCCAGAGUUGGAGGAUGAUUAAGGAGUGAGACUGGAGUUCCACUCGUGGAGAAGAUGCUCAGCCCGGGACUUCCCAAUGGGGACCCUGACAAGCUGCUCAGGGACUCCCAGCUACAAGACUUCAGGUGUUGGUGUUUACCCAGUCUGGUGAUGUAUUUUCUUCUCUUUCUCACGUGCCUUUCACUUGGCUACUGCUUUCAUGUUAUUACAACAAUAAACACUAUCUCAUAUGGA